AUGGCGCCCAAAUCAUGUGCUCUGUGUAACAAUGCUAAAGCAAUCCUCAAGCGCCCCAAAACCGGGCAGCAAAUAUGCAAGGAGUGCUUCUUCUACGUCUUUGAAACAGAGGUGCACAACACCAUUACGGAUGCGAAGCUUUUCAAGCCGGGAGAUCGAGUGGCUAUUGGUGCGUCUGGAGGGAAAGAUUCGACUGUUCUGGCGUAUGUCAUGAAGACGCUGAAUGAGAGGUAUAACUACGGACUCGACUUAUUCUUGCUGUCCAUCGAUGAGGGUAUUACAGGAUACCGAGAUGAUUCGCUAGAGACCGUCAAACGAAAUCAAGAGCAGUACUCCAUGCCCCUCAAAAUCCUGUCGUACGACGAACUAUACGGGUGGACCAUGGAUGCAAUCGUCUCAAAGGUUGGGAAGAAGAAUAACUGCACGUUUUGUGGUGUAUUCCGGCGUCAAGCUCUUGAUCGGGGAGCUACGACGCUAAAUGUCGACCACAUCGUGACUGGUCAUAAUGCAGACGACAUCGCUGAGACUGUGCUUAUGAAUAUUAUGCGUGGCGAUAUUGCUCGCCUCGGACGAUGUACUCUAAUAUGUACGCAGGGUGAAGACACAAUAAGGCGGUCCAAGCCCUUCAAGUACGCCUAUGAGAAGGAAAUUGUAAUGUAUGCGUAUUUCAAGCGCUUGGAUUACUUCUCAACGGAAUGCAUAUAUUCCCCGGACGCAUACCGAGGCCAUGCUCGAGUCUUCUUGAAAGAUCUCGAGGCCGCACGACCGAGUGCCAUUAUCGACAUAAUUCAUUCUGGAGAGGCUUUCGAGUUACGAGAAGAGGUUCGAAAGGGCCAAAAGGCACAGCAAACAUGCGAACGAUGUGGAUACAUGUCGUCUAACCCACUGUGUAAAGCAUGCACGCUUCUGGAAGGCCUCGAGCGUGGUAUAGCAGAGGCUGGCAUCACCGACCGAGGGAAGCGCAAACUCGACGAGGCUGGACCGGCAUCAUCCAAUCUCCGCACGAUUCCGUUCUUCGAGAUGCCACAGGCCUCAGGUCCAGGACCAGCCGUUGAGAUAGAUCCAGGGCCAUCGCAGAGCUGGUACUCACGCUCUUGA